AUGAAUUUUGUUUACACGCACAAAAAAUUCAACGCCACUAAAUAUUUGCGUGAGAAUAUUCCACAGCGCGUUAUGGAACAGCCGAUGUCAACCAAAAAUGAUAUUCAACAGAGUUCACGAGCGCCAUUGGGCAUCAACAGCAAUGCCCACAACAUCGGCUUUACAAAAAAACCAUCACCAUUGGCCAUCACCAAAACAACCUACCGAAUUGACGACAAACGCUUCAAAAGCUUGUUUAAGAGCACGGAAGACGGCACCCUAGAGUUGAACCCCGAUGGCGACGCUUCUCUAUUGGCACUCAUAGACCUAAAUCAACUCAAAGCUAUGUGCAAAUAUAAUGGAAAUAUGGCGCGCCCCUUUCCGAAGAAGGAACGCACGCCUAAGGAACAGGAGCGGCGUCAUAAAAAUACCUUCGCCUGCCGCUUAAGCCGAAUCAAAAGAAAAUUGGAAAGGAUGCUUGCCGAAGCUUUCUGGAAACAAGCUUUCUUGAUGAAAAUGGAAGCAUGGCGAGAUGAACAGUAG